CCUCGAGCCCAGUCGGGCGUGGAGCCGGGACCGCUCGCGGCCAUGACGGACAUCCUGUGCGAUUGGCUGAACAGAGAAGUGAAGCUCUCGCGGGCAGUGAAAAUGGAGUCUUUUGCCAGCGAGUUUUCUUCAGGUUACCUCAUCGGAGAACUUCUCAACAAGUUUGAACUCCAGGAUGACUUUGCUCAGUUUUCGCAAAGCAGGCUUGCCAGUGCGAAACUUAACAACUUUUCUCGCAUGGAGCCCACCCUUCAACUCCUGGGCGUGCAGUUUGACCAGAAUGUGGCCCGAAACAUCAUGACAGAGCAGCAUGGAGCUGCCACCAAACUGAUCUACCAAUUGUAUGUGGCUCUAGAGAAAAAGAAAAAAGCAGGACUCACUGGAGUUGCCAUGGAUGCAAUGAGACCCUCAGCUCCCGCAAAGCUCAAGAGCGUGGGAACUGAAAUGUAUCGAGAGCGCCUUAAAUGUCUAGUGCCGCGUCAGGUAGACUUGACACUGCAGCAGAUUUCAGACAACUUUCACAGCAAAGCCAAGGACCUCGAAAGUCAGAUAGCUCGGAUGCAGUUUGUGGAGCAACAGCAAGCAAAGAAAAUUCAGGCCGAAAAAAUCGUUGAACAAUUUGAAAAUAAAAUGGUAGAAAAUCGAAGGCAGCAUGAAAUAAUGGCUAAAAUUCAAGCAGCAAUUAUCCAGAUUCCCAAACCAGUACUGCAGCGCCCCGUCAAGGCAAUUGAAGACCAAAAGAUUAUGAGAAGGAGGAAGGAAGCAGAGAUCACCUAUGCAGAAAUUAAGAAGUUUGAAAAGCAGAUGAAGAAAGAGAGUGGCAUGCCUACCAGGCUCACUGAGAGCAUGGUGCAUUCGACAGUGCCUUCACAGGAACUGGAUACAACUCCAGCCAUCACUGACCUGUUGAACACCUACUCAGAUGAUGAAUAUAUCAGGAAAAUUCAGAAACGUCUUGAGGAGGAUACCUUUGCCCGCGAACAACGGGAGAAAAGACGACGGAAGAUGUUAAGGGAGCAACUAAUAGCUCAUGAAGCACAAGAAGAGGCAUAUAGAGAAGAGCAGCUCAUCAACCGGCUAAUGAGACAAUCCCAGCAAGAGCGGAGGAUCGCUGUGCAACUGCUGCACGUGCGGCACGAGAAAGAAGUGAUGUGGCAGAACAGGAUUUACAGAGAAAAGCAGUUUGAAGAGAGACGGCUCAAAGAAUUCCAAGAAGCUCUUGAUAGAGAGGAGGCUCUUGCAAAGCAAGAGAAAAUUGAGCAGGAGGAACAGGCCCUGAAAGAAAAACAGCUGCAUGCAAUGCUUGCUGCCAAAAGAGCUGAAGAUCGCUAUAAGAAGCACUAUUCAAUUUGUUGGGAAGUGGUUGAGCAAAUCAUUGACUUAUCAACUAAAAUAGGAGAAUAUCGAACGCUGACAAACAACUUAAUCCCAAUAAAGCUGAUGCGUGACUGGAAAGAGCUGUUCUUAAAAGGAAAACCGAUUUAUGAGCAAGCUGAGAUUGAAAUACCUUUGCCAGAUGAACCAACUCCAGGACAAUUAGUAGAACUGGACAAAAUGAAUUUACUAGAUGAAAAAGAUUAUGAUGAAUAUAAGGUACUCCCAACUGACAUGGCCUAGUGGAAGAAAAUGCAGCUCAGUUAAAAUCAUUGCUCAUGACUGCCACCUUUUGUCCAUGAUGCUGCAUAGAUUUCAUAUAGUAGUUUAUAUUAGUUUAGCCCACGUAGUGAAAUGUACUAAAUAAUCUGUCUUUCUGGGACUAGGCGAUACUUUGAAUUGUUGCCAUUUUGGAAGGCUGUGCUGUCAUCAACUGUUUUGCUGUUUGACACACAAAUGCAGUAACCUCAAUAUGCAGGAUCACCACACAUUUGUGAGAAGUGAGUUAUUAUAGCUGUUAUUUCAGCAGAAGUCAAACUGUAGUACAUUCCACUGUGCUAGAAAAUGUAACAUAAAGGAGUCCACAAAAUCUAAUGUGAAAUAAACGCCACGUCUGUCACAGAA